GUUGGAAAGUCAACAAUAACAGAUAUCCUAAAUGAAAAAGAAUGUUGGUUAGCUACGACUGAAGAAGAAGGUGAAGUAAAAAAAUUUCGUAGGCCAAAGUGGCCAAAACUUGAAGAAGCUCUUGGUCUCUGGGUAGAUAAUACGUUUAAUAGUGGUCAAGAUAUUGAUAGUCAUAUUCUUAAGACAAAGGUGAAGUUUUUUGCAGAUUAUUUUCUUAUUGAUGAUUUUCACCAAUCUGAUAGUUGGCUUACUGGUUUCAAAAAACAUUAUAGGCUCUGCCAGUUUAAAAAAGAAGGUGAAUCAGCAA